CUGUAUUAUAUCAUACUCUUUAUUAUUAUCAUGUUCACUCAAUAUAUUUAUCAUCUUAUCAACAACUUUGAUCAAAAGAAAACUAUUGAUCAAUUACAAUCUAUCGUUUCUACUAAAGAAGGCUCCAUUGGCCUUGUCACUGCUGCCAUUUUGAUGUCUGGUGUCGCUCUCUACAAAUCAUCAAGGAUUGAUCGUGGUUGUCCUCAGAUUCCAUACAAUUCAAUUCUAGGAUCAACUACCGAAUAUCGUAAAGAUCCAGAAGCCUUUAUCAAAAAAUGGAAUAAGGAACUAGGUCCAGUUUAUGGUGGUUAUUUAUUUGGCCAGUACGCUACUUUUGUCUCUGGUCCACAAGUUCGUGAGGUGUUUUUGAACAAUGAUUUUGAUUUUCUUGAAGGCAUUAGACGAGAUUUUGAUACUCUACUUUUGACAAACGGUGGCGGCAGAAAUGAUCUGACGACAGAAAUGGUUGCUGGAGGAAUCAAGAAGAACCUUAGCCCAAAACUUGGACAAUACACAAGCCGUGUGAUUCAACAUCUCCAACAAGGUUUAUUUGAACAAUGUGGCGUAGUCCCUGAUGAAGGAAAAGAAUUUUAUCAUGUAUAUCCUCUUGUGCAACACAUGGUGGCGAAAGCUAGUGCAUCAGUUUUUGUUGGACCUGAAUUGGCCAAGAAUGAAAAUUUGAUUGAUUCUUUCAAGAAUAUGGUACUUGAAGUUGGAUCUGAGCUACGACCAAAACCAAUUUUGGAAUUCUUCCCCAAUGUGAUGCGAUUACGUAUGUGGUAUAUUGGAAAAACAUCAAGAAACGUCAAGAGACACCGUGAUCAACUCUAUGCAGCCUUGAUGCCUGAAGUCGACUACAGAUUGAAUGCUAUGAAGGAAGGUGAUAGCAACUGGGAACGUCCUGAUGACUUUUUACAAGAUAUUUUGGAAUCAGAUGGAUGUCCUCCUCAUGUUGAUAUUUAUACACAUCUAGUCAAUUGGAUGACACAAUUAAUCUUUGCCGCUCUACAUACAACCAGUGAAAACGGUACCAUUGUCUUAUACCGUCUUUUGGAUAACCCUGAUGCUAUGGAAGAAUUAUACAAGGAACAAAUUCAAGUAUUGGAAGAAUCUGGUUAUGAUGCUAAUGUAGGUCCUGAAGUCUUUACUCGUGAAAUCCUCAACAAAUUCUCAAAAUUGGAUAGCUUUAUUCGGGAAUCAUGUCGUCUUCGAAAUGAUUAUUAUGGUCUUCCUCAUAAAAACGUUAGCAACAAGAACAUCACUUUAUCAGGUGGUGCUAUUAUUCGUCCAGGUGAAUUCGCCUACGUAAAUGCUUUCUCCAAUCAUCGUGAUGAAAACCUUCAAAAGGUCAUUGAAGAUGUGAGCACUUUCAAACCUUUCCGAUUUGUGAACCAGGAUCGAAAUUCUACCAAGAUUGGCGAAGAUUUUAUUUUCUUUGGAAUGGGUAAGCACGCUUGUCCAGGUCGUUGGUUCGCUAUUCAAGAAAUCAAAACCGUGGUCUCUUUAUUGAUUCGAAGCUACAAGUUAUCUGCAUUAGAACCAGUCGUCUUCCCUACUAUUGAACGUAAUCAAAUUCCCAAUGGUCGCUUCAAGCUUGUGCCCAGGAAAUAGAUCUUUUCCCAAUUAGUUAGAUCCCCAGUUGUAUUUUUUUUUUUUUUUUUUGAAAAUAA